UGAGUUACAGAAGAAGUGAAGCAGUUGUAUGUGUCAGAGAGGGAGGAGGGAGAGAGAGAGAGAGAGAGAGUUAGAGAGAGGUGAGGGGCAUGUUCAGAGCAGUGAGGGGAGCAUUAGUGCGUGAGAAAACUACAAGGGAGUGAAAGACAGAAGGGAAAGACAGAAGAGGAGAAAUAGAGAGAAAGAAAGAGAGAACAGACGCAAGUGUGGAAGUUUGAUAAGCAGUGGGGGAAAUGUGUUAGAGGGUUAGUGUGUGUGUGUGUGUGUGUGUGUAUCCGGUGUGGAAGGCUAUGACUGCUUGUGAAGGACAGAAGCGAUAUGUGUCUACUCUCAGGAUCCAGCUGUCAGCUCCAACAUCUGGAGGAGUCAAAUGCUCAAACACCUCCACUACCAGCAGCACCGGCAGCACCUCCAAGAUCACAGAGAGACCAGCACUCUACCCCGUGGAUGAGGUGGAUAAAGGUGCCAUUCCUGUCUUCCUCGAGCCCCUUCAGGACAGCAUUGUGGAUGAAGGAAGUGACAUCACACUAAGGGGCGUCAUUACAGGGAAACAGCCAAUCAGAGUAUCCUGGUUUCAUAAUGGUGAGGUAAUGAUGUUUGGUGAGAGCUCAUUGGUUAGAGGAGAGGCGACGCUGGUUAUAAAGGAAUGUCUGCCGGAAGAUGCCGGAGCGUACACCUGUGUAGCGGAAAACACUGCAGGGAAAACUUCCAGCAGCUCAGCCGUGUGUGUCAAAGAAACGGCUGGUCGGCGCAAUCAUUCGCACUCGUCUCGAGAUCCUGCUCCUGGACUGAAAAACGGCGUCGUGAAAUCACCUCAGACUGUUCUGGAUGACCGAAGUGUUUUCAGAGGACCAGAUUCUCCUCAAACACCAAGUCCUCAAACACAGAGUCCCACUCACAGAAAAGAGGUGACAGGAAAGAGGAGAAGCAGCUCAGGGACAGUUAUCCCGCUGCAGGUGAUCUCCCCUCGUGAUCAAGUGAAGGUUCGGCUUGGGGAGGGUGUGCGUCUGAGUUGUGAGUUUAAAGGCAGCUAUCCAGUCGUGUCCUGUUGGAUCCGCAACGGAAAAGAGGUGUUGGAUGGUGGUAGGUACUCUAUAGUGAGCAGUAGUGACAGGAGCACUCUUGUUAUUUCGGACGCUCAGCCUGAGGACUCUGGACGAUACACUCUAGUCGUACGAGAUCGCAAUAGCUCCACCCAGCAUACGCUUACCUUGUCUGUCAUUGAGCGCCCCCAGCCCCCUGCAUCGUGCCCGGUGGUGUGUGUUCUCUCUGAGGACUCGGUGGUCCUCUCCUGGUCCGGCCCGUGUUACGACGGCGGUUCGGCCGUCACCGGAUAUGUGGUUGAGGUUCAGUCUGUAGACUCUGGUCACAGUGGUCUCUGGACCGAGCUUUCAGCCCACUGUAGAAGCACAUCUCUGAGAGUAAGCACCGGACUCCAGCCUCAGGGACAGUACCGCUUUAGAGUGAGAGCCUGUAACACUGUGGGGGUCAGCGAACCCAGCCAGGAGUCUCCAGUGAUCAAGAUGGACAGCUCAGGAGAACAUCAUGAAGAGAAGAUAAAUGAUUUUGUCUCCGUUACCAUUGAUGAUUCACACAAAGUGACUGACCACUACAAUGUACUGGAGAAACUAGGAGUAGGAAAGUUUGGUCAGGUGUUCCGGCUGACCCAUAAGGAGACGGGCCGUGUGUGUGCCGGGAAGUUCUACAAGGGUCGCCGGGCGAAGGAGAGAGAUGCGGCCAAGAAAGAGAUAGAACUGAUGAACUUCCUCCACCACCCUAAACUGGUGCAGUGCCUGGCAGCUUACGACAACAAGCCUGAAAUAGUGAUGGUCAUGGAGUUUAUUGCAGGUGGGGAGCUGUUUGAGCGCAUUGUGGAUGAUAAUUAUGAGCACACAGAACCGUCAAGUGUGGGCUACAUGCGUCAGAUCGUGCAGGGGAUCCAGUACAUGCACCAGCAGAACAUCGUCCACCUAGACCUCAAACCCGAGAACAUUGUGUGUGUGGACAGAACCGGCAUUCAGAUAAAAAUCAUCGACUUCGGGCUCGCUGCCAAGCUGGAUCCCUCAAACCCAGUGAAGGUGAUGCACGGCACCCCUGAGUUUGUGGCUCCAGAAGUCAUCAACUAUGAACCCAUCUGCCUGGCGACAGAUAUGUGGAGCAUUGGAGUGAUCUGUUAUAUACUGUUGAGUGGUGAGUCUCCGUUCCUCGGGGACAGUGAUUCAGAAACCCUGGCUCUAGUGACCGCAGCUCAGUGGGAGUUUGAUGAGGAAAGCUUCGAGGACAUCACUGACCAGGCCAAAGAUUUCAUCAGCUCUCUACUGCACAAAGAUGUCAGACGUCGGUUGUCAUGUGAAGAAGCUCUGUCCCACUCCUGGAUGGUGGCGUUUGAGUCUGCGAAUCCCAGUUCUGCCAAAAACCUUUCCAAAGACAAGAUGAAGAAGUUCUUAGCCAGGCAGAAGUGGAAGAAAACAGGCAAAGCCGUGCUGGCUCUGAAGAGGAUGGCCUUACUGUCUAAAGCCGAUAGUUCAGCUUCUCUCCCCAGCCCUGUGGACGAAACAGAACAGGCUCUAAAGUCUUUAGAAAAGAAGAUGCAGUCCAAGCCUGAGUUCACGAAGACACCAAUAGAUCUUUCUGUCUUUGAGGAGUCCACUGCCGAGUUCUUCUGCCAUGUUACUGGCUAUCCAGACCCUGAGGUGGUGUGGCUGAAGGAUGGAGAGGUGCUGGAGGAGGAGGAGGGAAGUGUACAGGUGGAGUAUGAGGAGGGUGGAACCUGCACCCUGAUCCUGGAGAACGUUUCUCUGGAGCAGAAUGGGACCUACUCCUGCAGAGCCACCAACAUCCACGGGGAGGCGCUGUGCUCUGCCAAACUCACUGUGGUGGAUCAGGAAGAAGACACAGACUGAUGAUAAAUGUCUUAAACACUUCAAGAUUUAGAUAUAGAAGAUAUAGAUUAAGAUAUUAAGAUAUAUAUAUAUUUUGAUAUGUAUGCACAUUUUUCUUUUUCUCUCUUAUUGUAACUGUUAACCUGUCACUCACGUUCAUGGUCCAUGUCUCUCUUUUUACUUAAAAUAUGUACCAGGUUACUCUCCUGUAGUUACAUAAUACGUAUAUAUCACCACAUUUAAGUGCUCUUAAGCAUCAUGUAACAGCACUUUUUACAAGUUUUAGUAAAAAAAAAUCUCUUGCUGUCUGCUGAAAAGACCCGAAACAUAUUACAUACAUAUAGCUCAAAAAAAAAUAGAGUUUCUUUGAUUUUACCAAAUUGAAAACCUCUGGAAUAUAAUCAAGAGGAAUAUGGAUAAACACAAGGCAUCAAACCAAGCUGAACUGCUUGAAUUUUUGCACCAGGAGUGGCAUAAAGUUAUCCAAAGGCAGUGUGUAAGACUGGUGGAGGAGAACAUGCCAAGAUGCAUGAAAACUGUGAUUUAAAACCAGGGUUAUUCCACCAAAUAUUGAUUUCUGGACUUAUUGAAUAUUAACUUGUUCUUUGCACUAUUUAAGGUCUGAAAGCUCUUUUCAGCCAUUUGUCAUUUUCUCCAAAUAAAUGCUCUAAAUGACAAUAUUUUUACUUAGAAUUUGGAAGAAAUGUUGUCUGUAGUUUAUAGAAAAAAACAAUGCUCAUUUCACUCAAACAUAUACCUUUAAAUAGCAUAAUCUUGAGAAUUGAGAAACUGGUUAAGGAACUGGAAUGGUCUCUUAAUUUUUUCCAGGGCUGUAUAUUUCCAGAAUUUUCCUGUAACACCAAGAAAUCCAACAGUGCAGACAAAGCUUCUGGCCUCAGUGUGAUUGAUGGAUUCUAGGUUUAAACAGAGAGUCAAGACAAACUCUUCAGACUUAGGACCUCAGAGAGAAGUUUAUUUGUAUACAAAUUAAGUGUCUUUGUUGUUCAGAGAAGAUUUUUGAAUAGAAAUUGGAGCCCAAGGCAAGAGCAUUAGUAAAGUCAGAAUAUUGGAUGGUGACCACCCCACCUCAUCCUUAACUGUUCAUUUUUAUCUCAAAAGUAUUUUAUGGAGCACCAUCAUUCCAGAGAACAUUCAACAGCUCAGUGCUGGGUCGUUUAUACCCCACUAGCCCCUGUCUGGCUAGUGUGGCUUGUCAUUUUGCCAAUAAGGGAGUCCUAUUCUAUUGGCAGUACUUGUCUACAGGCACUAGGCAAGAUAUGCUUGUUGCAUAUUUUAUUUCAUUUUACCUGACUUUUGAAUAAACUCGAAAUAUUUAAUGA